AUGUCGUUUGUGGGCGCGCACCUUUUCGAUAUUAAACGUUUCAUAGGCAGUGGCUGUCACUCCGUGGUGUUUGAGGCUGUAAAAAAAGAUGGGUUGGAUGCCAAUACCAAAUAUGCCCUGAAGAGAUUCUUCCUCGACAAUCAAUCUGCCUUCCGCUGUGUCCAGCGAGAACGACGUAUUCUUGAGAGACUGGCGAAACUUGAUCAUCAAUGUGCCUUUCUUCCAGUCCUCUUCUACAGUUUUUGUCAGCAGGGCGUUUUCGUCUUUGUUCUACGAGAGGGCUGUGGCCGCGAUAUGUACGAUCUCAUUAGGCAUACUGGUUCUCUUUCAGAAUCAGAUGCACGUUUCUAUCUAUGCGAAAUCAUUUGUGCCCUGGAGCACAUUCAUUCACUAAAUAUAGUUCAUUUAGAUGUUAAGCCAGAAAAUGUUUUGUGUGCCUUCGACGGGCACACCUUCCUUUCCGACUUCGAUCGUUCACUUGAUCUUUCAUCAAUCAAAGGAGCACCAACAGCCGACGAUUUCACUGGCACCCCUCUUUUUAUGGCGCCAGAAAUUGCCAAGGGCGAGGCUAUCACCAUCAAGGCUGAUAUUUGGAGCCUCGCGGUACUGGCUGCCGAGAUGCUUUCUGGACCGAUACGACCAAGCGCCCUUGAUGUAAAUGAAGAGUUCCGACAAGCUCGGGAAGGCCGCUUCACAAUUAAAAGAUUAAAGACCCUUACAAAGCCUUUGCAAUCUUUUUUUAGCGCUUGCCUCCAACGCCAACACGCGCACAGGCCCGACAUCCACGGAGUCAAACGACUGCGCUUCCUCAAGUUUAUUGAUUGGGAUAAAGUGCACAGUGGAGCUUUGAAACCUCCCUACAACCCAGCUGAUAUCCGACAUCGACCAGCCAAAGAAGAUCGGUUUAUACUUUCAUCGACGGAUCCUCACUUGCUCUCCAACGCAUACAGCUUAACCAGAAUGCUGGCUCUUGAUCCUGAUCACGCAAAAAAGGUUUCAGACAUAGGUUCAUCAUCUGUCUCUGACACUCAUGUCUUCGAAAUUCCAUCAUUCCUCAAAGGCGUAAGUGAGGGUGAUUUUAAUAAUCUAAUGACGCAAUUUUACUUCGUACAUCCUCGCCUGCAAACCCAAAUUACUUCUGUAGUAUCUCAAUCCUCUUAUUUCCAUGUGCAAGAGGCGCCAAGGCCUCUUGAUUCUUGUAUGACAGAAAAAAUCGAAAGGCGUCGAAGCAGGACAAUAUCUAUGGGCGAUUAA